AUGCAUGUUACGUAUUGGAUAGUUGGUGAGGACGAAGCCACGUUGACACAGUGUAACUAUUUUGCUGUCCUGCCUAUCAAGCGUCAACUUAAGUCAACGAAACUAUUUAUUUACUCGUCACAUCUGUGGACUGGGAUGAGUGUGGGGUUUAUAGGAGCGGGCCAGUUGGCCCAUGCUCUGGUUAGGGGCUUCACAGCUGCAGGUGUGAUUGCCGGUAAUAGAAUCACAGCCAGCUCUCCAGACACAGACCUCCCCACGGUAGCUGGUCUGCGAAAAUUGGGUGUCAAUCUCACAAUGAGCAACAAGGAAGUGGUGAACAAGAGUGAUGUUCUCUUCCUUGCUGUCAAACCACACAUCAUUCCAUUUGUGUUGGAUGAGAUUGGACCAGAUAUAGAAGACCGUCAUCUCAUUGUCUCCUGUGCAGCGGGUGUCACUAUCAGCUCUAUUGAGAAGAAGUUGUUCCAACACCGCCAAUUUCCCAAGGUGAUGCGCUGCAUGACCAACACGCCCGUGGUUGUGCGCGAGGGCGCCACGGUGUACGCCACUGGCACUCAUGCAGAGGUGGAGGAUGGGAAACUGCUGGAGCAGCUUAUGUCCAGCGUGGGCUACUGCACCGAGGUGGAGGAGGACCUGAUUGAUGCGGUCACUGGGCUGAGUGGCAGUGGCCCUGCUUAUGCGUUUACUGCCUUGGAUGCUCUUGCGGAUGGUGGGGUGAAGAUGGGUCUACCUAGGAGACUGGCUGUAAGGCUUGGAGCUCAAGCCCUGCUGGGAGCAGCCAAGAUGCUGUUGGACUCAGAGCAGCACCCAGGCCAGCUGAAGGAUGACGUGUGCUCUCCAGGAGGUGCCACCAUCCAUGCGUUGCAUGUCAUGGAGAGUGGAGGCUUCCGAAGUCUUCUUAUCAAUGCUGUGGAGGCCUCCUGUAUCAGAACCAGGGAGCUUCAGUUCUUGGCUGACCAGGAGAACAUCUCUCCUGCUGCCAUUAAGAAGACGACCCUUGACAAGGUGCUGCAGCAGCCAGGGGUGUCCAGAGCAGAAGUGGGCGUCAGGGGUGGCAUCAACCUGUUUAACAACAGCAGCCCCAGGAAGAAGUACUGAGCCUUAUCUUGGACGAGUGAAAAGAGAUUACCAACAGUGGUGAAUUAAAGAUGGGAAGUUACACCAUUUAAAAUGUGUACUAUAGCUUCUAUUGGGGUGACAGUGUCACAUGACAUACUCCAAACAUAAGUACAAACCACCUCGAAGUAGUGACCACUUGGAGCAGUUAAGGAAAUAGACUUUGCAAGACCUGAGCAACAGGCCAGAAUUCCAUUCACUGCAGGAAAAACAACAAAGAUACCCAAUAGUAUGUACCUGAUGUAAACGAGUCUAUGGCUCGUAAGAGUGCAUUACCUCUGUCUUGCUAAUGUUGUGAAAAGAACCGUUUAAUUUCUUUUUUAUACAGCUUUGUGGGGCAAGUGUGUCGACAGGCAUCAUAUCUGCGUUAAGCUGGAGAAUCUGUUAACUGCUGUUUUGUAAUUAUAUAAGUAUCAUAAAUAAAUUUGUUUGUUACACAUUUAUCCAAAAACUUGUAUCGAAAAA